UGUCCCAUAAUCUUAUCCGAAAAUCCAACAGAUUCUAUGAAAACUUAGGUUUGUUCACUCGAUUAUAAAUAAAAGACUAGUAAACCAUCAAGAGAAAUAUAUCAACACAAAUAAAAAGGCGUGUCAUAUUGGGCUUAAGAAAACAAUGGAUGAUUUCGAAUUUGAUUUUGAUCAAUUAGAUCAACUAUUAAACUUUCUUUCUCCUCCUACUCUUCAAGAGCAAAAUUCAUCAAUUUCAUUACAAACACAAAGUUGUAAUGAUAUUGAUAGUCAUCAAAAGAAUAAAUCAAUUACCACCACCAUCACCACCACUACUAUAUUCGAUGAUGAUCAAUUAUUGAACUUUCUUUCUUCUCCUCCUCCUUCUCCUCGUCCUCCUCUGACUAGUACUCUUCAAAAGGAAGAUGAUUCAUCAAUAUCAUUACAAACACAAAGCUUGAAUGAUCUUGAUAGUCAUCGAAAAAAUGAACCAAUUAUCACCACCACCGCCACUACUAUAUUCGAUGAUGAUCAGUUAUUGAACUUUCUUUCUCCUCUUCCGCCUUCUGCUCCCCCUCCUCUGACUAGUACUCUUCAAAGGAAAGAUGAUUCAUCAGUAUCAUUUCAAACUCAAAGCUCAAAUGAUCUUGAUAGUCAUCAAAAGGAUGAACCAAUUAGCACCACCACUACUAUUGUCGAUGAUUAUCAAGUUCAAGAUCCCAUGAAAGAGAAAGAGGUGGAAGGAAAAAAGAAGAAGAAAAAGAAGAAUGUCUUACGAAGAGAUGUUGAAAGGCAAAGAAGGCGCGAUAUGGCUAAGCUUUAUCAGCGUUUGCGCCUUCUUAUUCCUUCCAAAUAUCUCAUGGGAAAGAGAGCUAUAUCUGACCAUCUAGAAGAGAUUGUGGAUUAUGUAAAAGACUUGAGGAGAGACAUAGAGGACUUGGAAAGAAAAAGAGAAGGUUUGAAAGAAAAGAAAAAUAUUAUUGCACCAUCUUCUUCUUCUUAUUCUAUGAAAUUAAGUGAUGAUGAGGAUAGAAUAGUAGUGAAAUAUUCAUGCAAUGAAGUGGAAAUUUCAGUAAAAGGAGGGAUCUCUCUAUCAAAAGUGGUUAAAGUUGUUAUGAAAGAAGGGCUUAUUGUUAAUAGUUGUGUUUCCUCCACAGUUGAUCAAAGUCUUCUUCACAUUAUUCAAUCUAAGGUGAAUAUAGGAGGGGAUAUUGAUCUUGCAAUGCUGCGAUCCAAGUUGUUGACGUUAUCUUCGCCAUAAUAUUUUAAGAUUUUCUCAACAUGACACAUUUUAUUUAAUGUAUAUUUAAGUUGUUGAUUUGUCCUAAUUUUCUCUAUGAACUUGACAAUAUGAGAACCCUUACAUUGUGAACACUGGCAUGAUAAAGCGUAAAACUUCUAAGGAUGUGACAGUAAAAUAAAAUUGAGAAAUUAACUUUUAAGUGGAGUAUUUUUAAUUGUUA